AUGCACGAAACUUUGGAGGGCGCCGGGUUGCAAAAUACCUACGGCCUGUCCAUUAUCGCCUUCACCGUCCUCGUCAAACUUGUGACGCUGCCUCUGAACUACAAGCAGAUCGAAAGCACGACGAAAAUGCAGGCCAUCCAACCGAAAAUGAAGGAAAUCCAAGCCAAGUACAAGAGCGACCCCACCCUUCAACAACAGAAAAUGGCCCAGCUCUAUUCCGACAACAACGUCAACCCCCUCGCGGGCUGCCUCCCUGCGUUGGUGCAGAUCCCCAUCUUCAUCUCCCUGUACCGGGCCUUGACGAAUUUGGCCGCCGCCAACGAAUUGAAUGAGCCUUUUCUCUGGCUACCCAAUUUGGAGGGACCGACGUACGGGGCGGGCCCAGCGGACGGGAUGAAUUGGCUGAAGCAGUGGGAAGGCUUUACCCCCUCUCUGGGCUGGCACGACACCAUCGCUUUUUUGACGGUACCGUUGAUUCUGAUCGUCUCCCAGAGCAUCUCCCAACAAAUCUUGCAGCCCGCCGCGAACAAGGACGAUCCCAACGCGCAGCAAUCCCAGGCCAUCCUCAAAUUUCUCCCCUUCAUGGUCGGCUACUUCUCCCUGAACGUGCCCUCAGGCCUGGGGGUGUACUGGAUCGCCAACAACUUGAUCACCACCCUCACCACGGUGGCCGUCAGGGCCGUCAUACAAGGCAAGGAGGAGGAAGCC